AACAAUGUCGGGCGGCGUGACUUGCAGCGUCGCUUGCUGCCAUUCCAACAGCCAGAAAAUAAAGAAGACGGGGCAGAAAAUGGUGUUCCACUCGUUUCCGUCGGGCGAGCUUGGGAAAGAGUGGAUGAGGAGGUGUCACGUCGGCAAAAACUUUAUCCCGACGAACAGUAGACGCGUGUGUAGCAUGCAUUUCAGGGCCGUCGAUUAUGAGGAUGCGAUGGAGGCAAAAAUAAUGCGGACGGUACCGAAGAGACUCAAAAAGGACGCUGUUCCGCGUCUGCGUUUGACCACAGACGACAGGCGAUUACAGAGGGCGCCGUCGUCGAAUUCGGAGGGGGAAUAUGGCGAGCUGACCAUCAAGCUUAACAGUGUGGUGGCGGAAAACGAUUUCUUGAAGAUGGAGUUGGCCAAAUGCAAGCGGGAGGUAGACGCGCUGAAAGCGGAAAUUAGGGAAAUCGAGAGGCGGAAAAUGCCGGGCGAAGAUGUCGCUGUAAAUAAAUCUGAUGUGCAAAGUUGAUUUGAUCCGUCCUCGAUUCUAACCAAAUAUGUAAUUGCGCAAAGUGGAAUGGACAAGGUAAUUCUAGACGAAGAGUUUGUCAAAGAUUGAGGUUAUGUUUCGAGGUUUUGGCCACGCCCAAAUUCUCCUAGUUGACCUUCAUCAUGCCAAACCGAUCUUUAAAUAAGUUACUGAGCUUGGUUAGAAACUUAAUAAGUCUAGAGCAAUAAGAUUUUUCAUAAAUUUUGGUAAAAAGUGUGAUCAAAGUCGCCGCCCUGUAACUGUCUAUAUAUUGACCUUACGAUUGGCUUCUACGGAGCUACCGGGAAAACCAGCAGUUUCGUGAAUAUAUACAUCUAUUAAAUACAUAAAAUAUGUUUUAUGUUUACAUUUUUGUUAUCGUAUAAAGUACUAAAAAGUAGCCUAUUAGGUGCGGAGCUGAGGCUACUUAUUUUAUUGUUAAGUUGAUCUUUUAAGGAUAAGAGUUGAUAUAACUAGGGUCCAAAACGUCUUAGUUUUUAACAUACAGGGUAUUAAAUUUGAAGAGGUGAUGGCGAUUUUUUGUAAAUAUUUUUAUAUAUAGGUUGGUACAAUUUUUUUUUAUUUUAAUGUUUACAAACGAGGUGCAGAUAAUCAUUAGUAAGCCUUGGACUGACGUUUCAUUUGUUUGUGUUGCUGGGUAAAUAAAAAUUUAAUGUCAAUUAUUCGACAGCUUUCAAUUUUGUUCAUUGUUGGUAAAAAAUAGUUUUUAUCAAUCCUUGUAUUAACGAAAGACAAAUGAAACUAUCAACUGUAAAGCCAGUUAUUCCAAUUAAAAAUAAAAAAUUAUUAGGAUAAUUAGCUUUACAGGUGAUUUUUGAUUGAUAAGGGAUUUAUAAGAACAAUCCAAGUAAUAAUAGUGAUAAUUAAAUAAAAUAUAUACUUUUUCUGCUAAACUUUGGCUUCAUCUACGGUUUCAGUUCAUUGCUUAAUCUUAAGGAAAUAUUGGAAAAAUUAAAAUGCCUAUAAAUACACAACAAAAG